AUGGUCAAGAGGCAGGCAGAGUCAGAACCAGCAAACACAGUUCAAGGAACAGGGCAGAGAAUAAUCCAGGUCUCAGGUCUUCUGGUCUCUGAGAGCAGUCCCCUUCAGGGUGCCCUUCGUUGCCCUCUCCGCCUGCCAACUCCGCCACCUCGUGUGCUUUGGGGGCGCAUCUGUAACAUCAGAGCCCAGGCUGAGGACAGGCUCUGGUUAUGGAACAAAUGGAUGUUCCUCAGUUUGCUUUUGGGGGCAAAGUUUCCAGUACCGGGUUCUUUUGUGGUGUGGGAUUCUACGACAAUGCAGGCACGUCUAUCUCCUGCUUAUAUCGAUUCUAUCCUCACAUCUGUGAGCAAGAUAAAGCAAGGCCAGUCACUCACUGUCAAAAAAAUUGAGACUGGAUCUAUAGAGCCGUUAAAUUGUUCAGAACCAACAACAAAGUCUCUCCUUAAUGCCAUGAAAGAGGAAGUCUUCAGCUACAGCGAGGCAAGGCCGGUUAUAAGUCUGAAAACUCCCACCAACGUCAGUGUGGAUUUGAGUCUUUAUGGCAUUUUAGGAGUGAAUGAAAAAUCACAGGUGUUGGAAACAUAUCUGUGGGUGAGGACGAGGUGGCAGAUUGAAGGUUUGAGCUGGGAUCCUGAUGAGUGUGGAACAAAAAAGAUCUCACUACCAAGAGAGAAGUUAUGGGUUCCAGACAUUGUCAUUAACGAAUUCAUGGAUGAAAACCGAGUACCAGACACAUAUUACGUCUAUGUCGAAUCUACUGGUGAAGUUAUGGAUGCAUGGCCGAUUCAUGUGAUCAGCUCAUGCAAACUGGACAUCUACACUUUUCCAUUUGAUUUCCAAAACUGCUCAUACACUUUCAACUCUUACAAACACUCUCGUGAUGAUGUUCAGUUGUUCUUCUUUCAGCCAGCGAAGCAGAUAUUCAAGCAGUCUCUUGAAGCAAUGACAACUAAAGGAGAGUGGGAGCUGAUUGACUUGCUGACAGAAAAACCUGUACUGCUAUAUCUGGAAGGAGGAUGGGAUAACCUCAUUGUUCAUAUUGUCUUGAGACGUCGAGCUACGCUGUAUGUGGUGAACCUCCUGAUCCCCAGCAGCCUCCUCCUUUCUUUGGAUCUCUUCAGCUUCCUCCUGCCUCUUCAAAGUGUGGACCGUGCUUCCUUCAAAAUGACACUCAUCCUGGGUUACACCGUCUUCCUGCUGCUAAUGAAUGACCUGCUGCCUGUCACAGGAAACAACUUACCUCUUAUCAAUGUGUUUUUCUCUCUCUGCAUGGCCUUGAUGGUAGCAAGUCUACUUGAGACUGUCAUCAUCACCAAUAUCCUAUGUGGCUCCCGUGACUUUCCUCCCUUACCUAAGUGGCUCAGGAUUCUGGUCCUGAAAUAUCUGGCUCAGCUUGCUUGUAUGAAGAAAUCUUGUGAAGAAAACUGUGAUGAGCAUCCCAAGCUGUUUCUCACGGUGCUGUGA